AUGCUGUCCUUCCGCCUGCGGUCCGGCGUCCGCCCGUCCGUGGCCCUGCGCUACCGCACCCGCAGCGACCGACAAGGCCUCGUACCGGCGCUCUUCCGCGCCCACUCGUCGCUUCAUGCGCCGUCGGAGAAGGAGACGCCGCCCGAGGCCAAGCCAGCGUCCAAGCUCUCGGAGUUUCGCCGGCUCAUGCAGCUGUACGAGCCCGAGAAGAAGAACCUCGCGAUCUCGCUCUCUGCGCUGGGUCUCUCGACCGCGAUCACGAUGACUGUGCCUUUCGGCAUGGGCAAGAUCAUUGACGUCGUGACGCAACCAGGCGGCGUCGAGAUGCUCCCGACGGUCUCGGCCGCGCUGGGCGGCCUCUUCCUCGUCGGCGCCGCGACCAACAUCGUGCGCAUCAACAUGAUGAACAUGAUUGGCGAGCGCAUCUCCAACAAGCUGCGCCAAGACACGUACGCGUCGAUCUUGCGCCAAGACAUGACCUUCUUCGAUAAGACCAAGACGGGCGAGCUCCUCAACCGUCUCAGCGCUGAUACCGCGCUGAUCGGCAAGGUGCUCAGUGACAACGUCGCCGGCGGCUUUCGCAGCAUUGGCCAGGGCAUUGGCAGCGUCACCAUGCUCUUUGUUACGUGUCCGAAGCUCGGUCUUGUCAUGCUGACGAUCGUCCCACCGCUGGCGCUGGGCGCUGUCUCGUACGGCCGGUACGUCAAGAAGCUCACGGCCGAAGUCCAGAAGCAGCUCAGCGAUGCGACCGACCUCGCCGAAGAACGCCUCAACAACAUUCGCGUCGUGCGCUGGUUUGCCAAGGAGGAGUACGAGACGACCGCGCACGAAGCCAAGAUUGCGGGUAUUUUGGACUUGGCGCAGAAGCGGUCGCUCGCGAGCUCGACGUUCUUUGGCGCGGUGGACUUCUCCGUCAAGAUGAGCAUGCUCGCGGUGCUCGGCUACGGCGGCUCCAUGGUCGCCGAGGACGCGCUCACGGUCGGCGAGCUUAGCUCGUUCCUCAUGUACACGCUCUACGUUGGUUUUCGUUUGCUGGCGUCUCGUCCUUCUACUCGGGUGCGCACACAUUCCAACGGUCCUGUCUCAUGCAACGUUGCAGACAUCAUGAAGGGCAUUGGCGCGUCCACGCGUGUCUUUGAGCUCGUGGACCGGACGCCGCAGGUGAUUACGGCGGCGUCGCCCGAGCCGUUGCCGACGAACCUCCAAGGCAACAUUGAGUUUCAAAAUGUCUCGUUUCACUAUCCCGCGCGCCCCGAGGCCCAGAUCUUUGAGAAGCUGAAUCUCACGGUCCGGCCGCACGAGACGCUCGCGGUCGUCGGACCCAGCGGCUGCGGCAAGAGCACCGUCAUGGCGCUCCUCGCCCGCUUCUACGAGCUCCGCGGCGAGAAGUGCGGUGGCCGCAUCCUGAUUGAUGGCGUCGACGUUGCCAACAUGGACCCGCUCGAGCUCCGCAGCAUCAUUGGCACGGUGAGCCAGGAGCCGCCGCUCUUUGGCGCGACGAUCGCAGAGAACAUUGCGUACGGCUUGACGGCGGACGACGACGUGUCCCUCGACCGCAUCAUCGAGGCGGCCAAGCAAGCGAAUGCCCACGACUUUAUCAUGUCGCUGCCAGACCAGUACGACACGCACGUCGGCAGCAAGGGCUUGUCGCUCUCGGGCGGCCAAAAGCAGCGCGUCGCAAUCGCGCGGGCGCUCGUCAAGAACCCGCGCAUUCUGCUCAUGGACGAAGCCACGUCGGCGCUGGACCAGGAGAGCGAGCGGCUCGUCCAGGACGCGAUCGACAAGGCCAAGAUGGACCGCACCGUCAUCUUGAUUUCGCACCGCCUCUCGAGCAUUCGCAGCGCCGACCGCAUCGCCGUCAUCUCGGACGGUCGCGUCGUCGAAGAGGGCACGUUUGCGGAGCUCGCGCAGCACCACGACAGUGUGUUCACGCAGGUCGUCUUGCGCGGCGGCCACGACCUCGAGUCGCUCUCGUAG